AUGUCUGGUGGUAGUGAUGAACAAGAUGAGUAUGUGGUUCAGCAGAAGGUCAGCUAUCGUAUGUAUGAACAAGAACAGAAAGUGUUGCUGCGGUGCCGCUAUCCAUUUCUGUCCCCUGUCCAGAUCAGUUGUAAGGUUAAGGAUCGCUGGAAUAGAUUGAGGCAGGAUGCAAAAAAGUUCUACACAAAGUCGGUCCUUGUCAAAGCUCCAAACAAAGAUCAGACCAAUACAACUUCCAAAUCAAAGGGUAAGAACUACAAAGUCAGAAGCAAGCUUGAUGUUGAUGAAGGAGAAACCUGUGAUCCAAGUGCUUACCAAACUGAUUCAGUGCCUCACCCGAGGAGCAUUUUGACUUUGCCUGUUUCAAGGAGAUUACAGAAAGAUCAUGAUUCUAUAUACACAAGUGACUUCUACAGUUCUUCAGUGGAAUCACCCAACAGUGACUCCGGGGAGAAGGCAUUUUGCCCCAAGUUGUUUGAAAGUCCAGAGUCUCCACCUCAUCACCAGUUUGAUAUAUUCACACAGAAGAGCUACACCAAAAGCAAGCUGCCUCUCAGAGUUCCAGUAAUUAUUCAGAAGAAUCAUUCUACUCUGGGCAUCCUUAAAGGAAGCAGGACUGACAACACCCCAAAAGCAAAAGCUGUAAAAGGGAGAGUAAGCUUCUCUACAGACAAAAAUGGAAACUUACAGAAGUCAGGGGAUGUCAUUGCUACAGAUAACUGUAACCAAGACGACGACUCUGAAGACGAGUACAACGCAGUGCUUAUCAGACGCACUGAUGACUCUUACAACUUCGAUGAUAUUGACCAACACAAUAUGUUUGUGGAGGAAGAAAACAAACUAAGGGAGGUAAACAUCCAUCAGGACAAAGACUUCAAUGAGAAGAUAAAAGCAAGUGAUAGAGAGAUGCUGAAGAAUGAUAAAAAAUAUGGUUUGAAUGUAUCUAAUUAUGCACUUGAAGGAAAAGAAAAAGAAAAAAUUCAAAAGGAAAGUUUGAAAAAAAAGGCAGAAGGCAAAAAUAUGACACAAUCAAAUUCAGGAAAUAUGAGAGGAAAGAAAAGGAAAGGUGGUUUGGGAGUGUUUUGUUCACAAAAGCGUGGUGAGAAAAAAGUCGUUGAUGGUAAUGUGAUUGGGAAUGAAGAAAAUACAUCUGGACAAACAAAAGCAAAGAGACAGUCCAGGAGGGCAGUCAAAGAGAAUUUCACUGGGGUAAAUGUAAACAGUAUGUCAAAAAACAGCAUAUACAUGAAUAGUCUGUCAAAGGACAUUGCUAAUGGAAACAGCCAAUCAAAUGACAGUGCUAAUGGUAACAGCCAAUCAAAUGACAGCGCUAAUUGGAACAGCCAAUCAAAUGAAAGUGCUAAUGGUAACUGUCAAUUAAAUGACAGUGCUAAUGGUAACAGCCAAUCAAAUGACAGUGCUAAUUGGAACAGCCAAUCAAAUGAAAGCUCAUUUCAGGACAGGAAGUCUCCAAUACAGAAAUCAAUGAAAACAAGGUCUUCUUUGAGAACUGAAGAAAAGUCAGCAGCAAGGGAAGUGCAGUCUCUUUCAGUCCCCAAGAAAGAGGUGAGUUCAGAAUUGAAACCUAGCUUUGGUACCAAAACAAGAGAUUAUGACUUAACACCUGAACAGGGAGGGGAGACAACAUAUAUCACACCACAGAUGGAUGAUGAUGUCUACACACACAACCUUCAUGAGGCAUCAAAAGUACCACGGAAGUCGCGACGAUCAUCACAGUGGAAGGAGACAAAGUCAUCAGAUAUAACCAUUGGUGAAUCAAAUUCACCAAAUAAAAGGAAGCAAAGAUCGUUUAGUAGAAGACUUAAUGGGGGAGAAAAGUCAAACACAGAGAUCAAAAUAUCACUAGAUACUUUUGAUGAAUCAGAAUGUGAAAGGAAUGAUGCAAAGGUGUCAUGUAUAUUGGUCGAUGCCUCCGGGGAUGCCAAAAUACCUGGGUCGCCACCAUUAGGCCAGAGAAUAUUGCGGAGCCAGACAAAACUGAUAACUGAACCUGCUGAAGAAAAUUAUCAAACAUCUGAAAAUUACAGCAAUUACAAAGUUAUCGUAAAACCAGGUGAGCUCUUUAGUUCUGACUCCUGCACGAUAAUGGAUGAAGAAUAUGAUAUGGAAGACUCCUCAGAUGAUGAGACUGAAUCAGAAUUUAUUGGUCAGUCAGAUUCCAGUAAAGCAUUAGUGCAGGCAUUACUGAAGAUGAAGCAGACAGUGGGAGACGACAAUUUGGAUGAAAGGUCAUCUCCCAAGUUGUUAUCGCCAGCUCUGUCUGGUAUCAGUCAGUUGUCAAGUGUAUCCUCUGAUUCCUCUGCUACAAAUUCUCAGUCAACAGUACCGAUGUCUAUAGACAAGGGAGCAACACAAGGACUGUGUGAGAUGUUUGGGGAUAUGACUCCACCAGAUAAACAGAAACCUCAACACUCUAGAAGGAUGUUGGCAAGUUCUCACAAAGAAUCAAGCAGUAAUUUUGCUCAACUAUUCAGAACCAAAGAUAUUUUCUGCUAA